GCAAAUCAUAGAAGGGGUGGCAAACAGGAUUAAGGAAUUGCCAAUAAUUCUGUGCAAGUUUUCAUUUUCUAAGCUUCAUCUUAUUAUUUUAUAAUUAUAUAAAUAUGUCAGAACUUAAUACUGAUCACGUUGACUCUGUAGAAGAAGAAUUGGAAGUGGAAUCUAAUUACAAACCUCCUCCAGAAAAAACAAUAGAACAAAUUUUAGAAACAGAUAAAGAAGAUGAAAGUUUACGUAAAUAUAAAGAAACACUUUUAGGAGAAGCCAAAUCUGGAGGUAUUGUUGUAGAUCCAAAUGAUCCUAGAAAAGUAAUAGUAAAAAAAUUAGCACUUUGUGUAGCAGAUCGACCAGAUAUGGAAUUAGAUUUAACAGGUGAUUUAUCUCAAUUAAAAAAACAAACAUUUGUAAUAAAAGAAGGUGUCAGUUAUAGAAUCAGAAUUGAUUUCAUUGUUCAACGUGAAAUUGUGCAUGGUUUAAAAUAUGUUCAAAAAACUUAUCGUUUUGGAGUACCAGUGGAUAAGAUGAUGCAUAUGGUGGGUUCUUAUCCACCAAAAACAGAAAUUCAAUCAUAUACUACUCCAACAGAGGAUGCACCAGCUGGAAAAGUGGCACGUGGCUCUUAUAGUGUAAGCUCCUUGUUUACUGAUGAUGACAAACAUGAACAUCUUAAGUGGGAGUGGUCAUUUGAAAUUAAGAAAGACUGGAAAGAAUAAACUUUCUUUCAUAAUAGGAAGCUGUACAACGAUCGCAAUUAAAAUAAGAAUGCCAAAAGGAACUCUAAUUUUUAUAGAUAUUCAGUCAUACUGCGAUGCCAUAACUGUAUUUUUUAAGUAAUAAGAGAAAGAGUAACAUUGAUAUUUA